AUGGAGGUGCGCGCGGUGUACGACCGCGUGUGCGCGUGCGUGGCGCGGCUCGUGGGGGGCGCGGGGCUGGACGUGUACGACGUCGACGAGGUCGUGUACGUCGGCGGCGCGGCGAGCCUGCCGGGGCUGGACGAGGCGCUCGCGCAGGGGUUCCAGGAGACGGUCGUCACGCCGUUCACCGCGGGCACCGUCGUCGGGGGCGGCGCGGGCGACCCGACGACGAUCGUCUCGCGUGGCUGUGCCCUGCAGGCGAAGCUGGUGGCGGGGCUCGCGGAGGGCACCGAGGAGGAGCGGGAGGUGAGGACGGCGUUUGCGAGCGGGAGCAAGUGGGCGCAGGCGCUGGCGACGACGAAGACGAUCGGAAUGCUGUUCCCCGAAGAAAACGCAGAGGGCGCGCUUGGGGGACAGUGGAUUCCUGCGGUGCUGAAGGACACUCCCCUUCCGUGCAGGAGAACACUCCGGUUCAAGGUGGACGUAGGCGAGGGCGGCGAGUCCAAGGUUGGAUUCGAGGUGUGGGAGGCGAAGGAGGGGGUGAAGAUUGAGAAGAUCAAGCCCCCGAAGGACGAAGACGAGGAACCGCUGGAGGACGAGGAGGAGGAAGAUGAGAUCGAGGUCAAGGAAAAGACUCUGGAGAAGGAAACGUUCCUCACGUCGAUCUCGUUCGUAGCCCAGGAGGCUGCGAAGAAAAAGGACCGCUAUGCAACGAUAGAGGUGCAGUUCCUCCUAGAUGGACGCAAUGGCGCAGGACUAGAGGUCACUAUAUGGGAGAUUGGUGCAUCCGGUAGAGGAGAAGCUGUGGUGCUUUCUGUAAAUGGAUCAUAG